GCCACCUGUAAACACCCCAUUGGCUCUUUCUUGAUUCCACAACAAAACAACCUCUCCGAUCAGAGACGGGUGGAUACUGGAUAGACCCAUAUUGCGCGCUCUCUCUCUCUAAAGUGACAAACAACUCCUCACAAGAAGAAGAAAAGGAGUAGGACUCUCUCAAACACCAUGGCUCUCCGUUUCUCUCUCCUCUUCCUUUUCUUUCUCCUCCUCACGACUUCGUUCGUAUUCGCCGACGACGACCUAAACAACAACGACGAUUUACUAAUCCGUCAGGUUGUCGACGACGAUCAUUUGUUAAACGCCGAACACCACUUUUCGAUCUUCAAGCGGAGGUUCGGCAAAACGUACGCCACAAAGGAGGAGCACGAUUACAGACAUAUGGUCUUCAAGGAUAACCUACGCCGAGCGAAGCGCCGCCAGAGGCUCGACCCCUCCGCGGUCCACGGAGUGACUCGGUUCUCCGAUCUGACUCCGGCUGAGUUUCGCCGGAACUUCCUCGGUUUGAAGCGUAAGCUUAAACUUCCGGCCGAUGCCAACCAAGCUCCGAUCCUUCCGACCAGUGAUCUUCCUGCAGAUUUCGAUUGGAGAGACCACGGUGCCGUCACGCCCGUAAAGAAUCAGGGCUCGUGUGGAUCGUGCUGGUCGUUUAGUGCGACUGGGGCAUUGGAAGGUGCUAAUUAUCUGGCGACUGGAAAUCUUGUGAGCCUUAGCGAGCAACAGCUUGUGGAGUGUGAUCACGAGUGUGAUCCAGCUGAACCAGAUUCAUGUGACUCUGGGUGCAAUGGUGGGCUAAUGAAUAGUGCCUUUGAGUACACUCUCAAAGCUGGUGGACUUAUGCGAGAAGAAGAUUAUCCUUACACUGGUACUGAUCGUGGCACCUGCAAAUUUGACAAGACCAAGGUCGCGGCAAAAGUGGCUAACUUCAGCGUUGUCUCCCUCGAUGAAGACCAGAUUGCUGCAAAUCUCGUUAAAAAUGGUCCUCUUGCAGUGGCAAUCAAUGCAGUUUUCAUGCAGACAUAUAUUGGGGGAGUUUCAUGCCCGCUCAUUUGCUCGAAGAGGUUGGACCAUGGUGUGUUAUUGGUGGGGUACGGUUCAGCUGGCUUUUCUCCCAUUAGAAUGAAGGAUAAGCCAUACUGGAUCAUAAAGAACUCUUGGGGAAAACAUUGGGGAGAGAAAGGAUACUACAAAAUCUGUAGGGGUCACAAUAUUUGCGGAGUAGACUCCAUGGUCUCAAGUGUAGCUGGUGUUACUACCACCUCACAGUAGCCAUAUGAUACGCAACAAUAUUGAUUGCCUUGUCGUGUCUCUGUAUUUAAGCAGCUUAUAUUUAAUUGCAAGAUUUCUGGCUCUCAGAUUACCAAAACCAAGAACACAAGUUAAUGUUAUUAGGUGCCUCUGUUUCUAUUUUCCUGCUCUAGUUUCGAGUAGUCUAGGAUUGCCUUACUCACUUACUUUUUAUGCUAUGAACAGUAAAGUUAAUUGCACUCGAUGUCAAUUUGAUUCAAGUAUGU